GUCUUCGGAAGACUGCCGGGCGUUCCCUGGGAGUAUAAAUCUAGCGGAUCUAACAGGAGUCUGACAGCAGUGUAACGGUCUUCUACUUGAACUUAGCUCAUUUACAGCAGAAACCAUGAACAAAAUCAUUUUCGGCUCCUUUGUGCUCGCUCUUUAUCUCGCAGUUGGUCAUGGUCUGCAGUGUUAUGAGUGUAAAUUGGGUUUUUGGGAUGUUUGCUUUACAACCAAAAAGACAUGUGAUGCUGGCCAACUGUGCUUCAGUGGAUUAGGGAAAGCAGGUGGUCUUGUGGAUGUAAAGACGAAAGGAUGUCUAGAACUCUCCAAAUGCAACAAAACAGAAUCGACGACUUUCCCAGCCAACUCAAGCACUCAGAUAUAUCAGAUGACCAAGACAUGUUGUGCUACUGACCUGUGUAACUCGGGUCACAUUCACAUCUCUGCUGUCAACAUGGCUUUCACUUGCAUCACUACUGUGCUCAUGGCCAAAUUCCUUAUUUGAGGAGGAUCAUUUCAACUUCCAUAUAUACAGAGGAAAUCAUGCAUAAUAAUAUAACCACUUCCCUGUUGCUUUAAUACGGCUUUAAAGAAGGCAAUAUAAGACAUUUAUACAAUGAAUAUUUUAGAUGGGUCACACACUGGAACUUGAAUAGCAGUCAAUCCUAAAUUAAUGUUUUCAAUUGUAAAAAUAUGGCAAAACAUACAAUCAAUUUACCAAUAUAGGCAGGUUUUCAUAUAAUAAUCAGCAUCGAGUAACAUUCUGAAUAUGGACAUAAAAUCCUUGUUAAAUUAAUUUUUUAUCACUGGUGAAAUGUUGUUGUCUAUUUUUUUUUUUUUAAUCCGAAUAAAAACCAUACUUUAACAAUAGUUCAUGGUCUUCUAUUCUGGACCAAGUUAUUAAUGCAUGCAUUGUGUUUAGGAAAUCGUUUAGUUUAAGUAUUGGGGAUUUCAUGCAUGGUAUUUUAGGUGUAUAGCUUUUUUUUCAACUUUAAAUAAUUUUUUAUCCUUCACUGGCAUAAAUCUGUGUAAACUACAUCAAGAGGAAUGAAGGCUUAUGUUUACAACUGUCUGCAAAGCAAUGAUAAGGUCUUUGCCCUGUUUUAACAAAUUAUCUGUUUAAGUUGCCAUUAUAAUGUGUGCUGCCAUUUCAAUAUGAGAGCAAUAAACUGGUUUUAAAAUAAACAAAAUAUUUAGCAUUUGUAA